AUGCGGCUGCCGCUGCUCGUGUCGGCUGGCGUCCUGCUGGUGGCCCUCCUGCCCUGCCCGCCCUGCAGGGCCCUCCUCCGCCGGGGGCCGGUUCCUGGCGUCCCGCAGGCCCCCCAGCCCUUGGAUUUCUUCCAGCCGCAGCCGCCGCCCUCGCAGCCCCAGCAGCCGCAGCCUCGGCCCAUCCUGCUCCGCAUGGGAGAGGAAUACUUCCUCCGCCUGGGGAACCUCGGCAGGAGCCCGGUGGCCGCGCUCUCGCCCGCUUCCUCGCCCCUCGCCAGCGCGGGCAGCGGCGGCCGCCCCUUGCCAGACCAGGCAGCCGCCAACUUUUUCCGCGUGUUGCUGCAGCAGCUGCCGCUGUCCGGGCGCUCGCUCGACAGCCGCGCUGGCCCCUCGGAGCGCAGCGCCGAGAGCGCCCUCGGCGGCCGCCAGGAGGCACCGGAGAGGGAGAGGCGGUCCGAGGAGCCCCCCAUCUCCCUGGAUCUCACCUUCCACCUUCUGCGGGAAGUCCUGGAAAUGGCCAGGGCCGAGCAGUUAGCGCAGCAAGCCCACAGCAACAGGAAACUGAUGGAGAUUAUUGGGAAAUGA